AUGUCUGCCUCGUCUAUCCACGCAGAUGCGCCGCCCGCCGUGGUGCAAGAUCCCGAGGGACUACAAUAUGAGACGGGCCCACAGCUGGGCAAAGGCGGCUUCGCCAUCUGCCAUCGCGCGAAGCUGCUGGGGCAUGAGCAUCUCGGUAGCAGCACUGUCGCUUUGAAGAUCGUCAAGUCCAAGAUGGAGCCACCCAAACUGGCACAAAAGUUUGUUACAGAAUUGCAGAUUCACUCGAAACUAUCCCAUCCCAACAUCGUCGAGUUCUUCCGCGCCUUUUCCUUCGAAACAAGUACAUACGUUGUGCUGGAGCUAUGCGAGAAUGGUUCCCUGGCCGAUGCGAUCAAGAAACGAAAGUACUUUACCAUGCCCGAAAUUCGACGGUUCAUGAUCCAGACUUGCGGCGCCAUCAAAUACCUACACCAGCGCAACAUCGUGCACCGAGACCUCAAGACCGGCAACCUUUUUCUGGAUGCAAACAUGGACGUCAAGGUCGGUGACUUCGGUCUUGCCGCGCUGCUUGUCUCACAGAGCGACUAUGGGGCGAUCCGUCGAACAACCAUGUGCGGCACACCCAACUACCUAGCGCCAGAGGUCCUAGAAAAGACAGGAAAAGGCCAUGAUGAGAAGGUUGAUCUGUGGGCGAUCGGGAUAAUGAUGUACACACUCGCUGUUGGCAGAGCGCCGUUUCAUGCUGCGAAGCGUGAGGAUAUCUAUCGGAAGCUCAAGGCUCGCGAAUAUACCUGGCCAGACCUUGCAAAGUUUGCGAACGAGAUCACCGACGACCUCCGCGACAUCGUCUCAUUACUGCUUGUGCAUGAGGAUGAGCGGCCAACCCCUGACCAGAUUGUCGCACACCCGUUCUUCAAACUGGGUUACAUCCCAUUAGAGCUGGACAGUGGAUGCACCGCGCGGAUACCCAAAUGGCCAAAGAACCGUCCGCCCACAGCUACGACCAUCAAGCGCGGGUACACUGAGGAGUGGUGGCAGCUAUGCAAAUCUUCUGCUGUUGGUGAAUAUGAGCCGGGAAAAUCGUUCGGAGCAUACGGGAGCAGGAGGAAUAAGACAGUAGCGCGCGAUUGCCAGAAGGAGAUCGAAGCAGGGAAACAACCGAACAUACCUUUUGCACAUGAUUGUGUAUACGUACCCUUCCCUGCACGCGUUCAGUGGCCACAUCAAGCUCCUGGCGGGUUGAGCGAGGUAUCCGAGGAAAAGGAAUCGUCGGCAGAAGGGACAGCCCUUGUGGAAACUACUGGGAACGAACGAACCAAAGGACGUCUGCCCAGAAUGGCGAGGAAGGAACAACCAAUGCCUACUUUAAAGGAGAACGUGGAGCCAGUGCAGGAACCCGCAGCGGCGCGAAGAAUACUAGACAAGCAGCCCACCCGCCUUAGAGCGGUGCGGAAGAUCUCGAAUCCCGGACGGAUUACUGCAGCAACCGCGCCUGCUCCAUUACGCGUGCCUCGAGAUUCGCGAGCCGCGACACGAGCAAGAACGGCGAAAGAAACAGCGAAGGAAGUGCCGAAAGCGACAGAAUCUGGCCUCCCUGAUCUUCCACCACUAAGGGUCAUCAAGGCAACCACUCGUGUGAACGAGAAGGUAGAACCACCGACCGAACCACCGACAGUGCGAAGUGCUCCUCGUUAUCGAACUGUCAGCGCCGAAAUGCCUGCUACUGACCCGGUAUCAGUACUGGCUCGCUUAUACACUUUCCGAGAUAAUCUUGCGCGAGCGCUUGAUAAGAAGCCUACCAAGUCACGACGCGAUCAACCUCCGCAAUUACCGUUCGUUGCGAAGUGGGUAGACUACUCUCGCAGGUAUGGCGUAGGAUAUGUCCUCGAUGACGGAAGCAUUGGCACCCUUUUGUCGGCGGAAGAGCAAUAUCCAGUUACUAUAGCUUUUGCCACAGAUGGAUAUAGCCACUUGAGGAAGGCGGGAAACAAUCGAGAGCUCGCCAAAAGCGUGGCGCUGAACUACUACACAACAGUACGGAAAGAUAGGGGACUUUCUCGAAUCGAUGUUCUCGAAAAACGACGCGUUGAGGAGAUACGCACGGUCUGGCACAAAUUUGGGAAGUACAUGUGCGCAACUUUUGGUGACGAAGAGAAGCCCAUGAGAAAGGAUCCCCGUGUGAACUUUGUGAAGUUCUAUCAACGACUGGGUAACGUCGGCAUCUGGGGCUUUGACGACGGCUCCUUCCAGUUCAACUUCCCUGAUCACACGAAACUGGUCCUAUCGUCGGAUGCUGGAUAUGGACAUUUUAUGUGCCUUCCGCUAGAUGCGACAUCACUGCUUGAAGAAACCGGAAAUGUGCCAUGGCGGCAUGUGAAGGCACGCGCGAACCUGCGAGGUUCUCUACAACAACUCCUCUACGGCUCAGCGGACAAGGAAGAUAGCAACCGGGAGCUAACAGAAGGCAACCUCCUACGGCCGAAAAUCGAGUUUAUCUAUGCUGUCGUCGAAGAAUGGGUCCAGCAAGGCGGCCUAGGAUGUCUCGCGGAUCCAAAGGUGUAUUCAUGGACCGGCCCACAACUCGAAGAGACCAAACGGUUGGACUGGGCGAGUGUUGGGCGUUUUGGCGUCAUUCUUCUCGUACCCUCUGCGUUGACUUUCGCCGAAUCUCAGUCUGCUCCCCGCUGUAUCUUGAAUUCAGCAGUACACACGACACCCCACCAGGCGACGCAAGUCACAGGCCUGACCUCGACUUUGGGCGCCAGCUAUGUAUCCAAGCGCGCAGGGCGCAAAAAGGAUGCUGGUGGUUCCAAGCCCCCCGGCGGGGGACAACAAAAGUCCCAAUUCGCGACCAAGGCCGUCUUCGAGACCACCAAGAAGAAGGAGGUUGGCGUCUCAGAUCUCACGCUGAUUAGCAAGAUCUCCAACGAGGCGAUCAACGACAACCUGAAGAAGCGGUUCGAGAAUGGCGAGAUUUACACAUACAUUGGACAUGUGCUGGUGUCCGUCAAUCCCUUUCGCGAUUUGGGAAUAUAUACAGACCAAGUAUUGGACGGCUACAAGGGGAAGAAUAGGCUGGAGGUUCCGCCGCACGUCUUCGCAAUCGCCGAGUCCACAUACUACAACAUGAACGCAUACAAAGAGAACCAGUGUGUGAUCAUUUCUGGUGAAUCGGGAGCAGGAAAGACAGAAGCUGCGAAGCGGCUGAUGCAAUAUAUCGCGAACGUGUCAGGUGGAAGCAACUCGUCGAUUCAAGAAAUCAAGGACAUGGUGCUAGCCACUAAUCCUUUGCUCGAGUCUUUCGGAAAUGCGAAGACGCUGAGGAACAACAACUCCUCACGGUUCGGAAAAUAUCUCGAGAUUCAUUUUAAUCCGCAAGGAGAGCCUGUGGGAGCAAACAUCAAUAACUACCUACUUGAGAAGACGCGUGUAGUAGGUCAGAUCACGAAUGAGCGAAAUUUCCACAUAUUUUAUCAAUUCACGAAAGCGGCGCCAUCACAAUAUAGAGAACUAUUCGGCUUACAGCAACCGCAAUCCUACCUCUACACGAGUCGAUCGAAAUGCUACGACGUUCAAGGCAUCGACGAUCACGCUGAAUUCCAAGAUACUCUGAACGCCAUGAAAGUCAUUGGUCUACAACAGGGAGAGCAGGACAAUAUCUUCCGAAUGCUAGCGGCAAUAUUGUGGCUAGGGAAUGUAUCUUUCCGUGAAGACGAUUCAGGAAAUGCUGCGAUCGUAGACCAAUCGGUGGUUGAUUUCGUCGCCUAUCUCUUAGAAGUCGACUCCGCGCACGUCAACAAAGCGCUCACAAUUCGCAUUGUAGAGACAAGUCGCGGAGGACGAAGAGGAUCCGUUUACGAUGUACCCUUGAAUUGCGCUCAAGCGAUGUCGGUCCGAGACGCACUUUCUAAAGCGAUUUACUUCAACCUUUUCGAUUGGAUCGUCCAGCGCGUCAACGUCUCAUUGAAGGCACGAGGUGCAACUGCACAUUCCAUUGGUAUUUUGGAUAUCUACGGAUUCGAGAUCUUCGAACGGAACAGUUUCGAACAGCUGUGUAUUAACUACGUGAACGAAAAACUCCAGCAGAUCUUUAUCCAGUUGACCUUGAAGGCGGAACAGGAAGAGUAUGAGCGGGAACAGAUCAAGUGGACACCUAUCAAGUACUUCGAUAACAAGGUCGUGUGCGAGCUUAUUGAGGAGAAGCGGCCACCCGGUGUUUUCGCCGCACUGAACGAUGCCUGUGCUACCGCGCAUGCGGAUCCAACAGCUGCGGACCAGACCUUCGUCCAAAGACUAAACGCGCUAUCAUCGAACCCCAACUUCCAGCCUCGACAAGGCCAGUUCGUCAUCAAGCACUACGCUGGUGACGUGAAUUACGCGAUCGAUGGCAUGACGGACAAGAACAAGGACCAAUUGCUGAAGGACUUGCUGAACCUGCUGGGUCAAAGUAGCAACACUUUCGUCCAUACGCUGUUCCCGGAUCAAGUCGACCAGGACAACAGGCGGCGACCACCCACUGCUGGAGAUAAGAUCAAGGCGUCUGCGAAUGAUCUUGUUACCACUCUUAUGCAGGCACGCCCGUCAUAUAUCCGUACAAUCAAGCCGAACGAAAACAAGUCACCGAAGGAAUACAACGAACCUAAUGUACUUCAUCAGGUCAAGUAUCUCGGUCUACAAGAGAAUGUCCGCAUCCGAAGAGCGGGUUUUGCGUCGCGCCAAACCUUUGACAAGUUUGUAGAGCGAUUUUUCUUACUGUCGCCGAAGUGUUCGUACGCUGGAGAGUAUACCUGGACUGGCGACUACGAGACUGGAGCCAAGCAGAUUCUGAAGGAUACCAACAUCCCGGUCGAGGAAUUCCAAAUGGGUGUAACUAAGGUGUUUAUUAAGACACCCGAGACCCUUUUUGCACUGGAGACGAUGCGCGACCGUUACUGGCACAACAUGGCGAUUCGAAUUCAGCGUGCAUGGAGAAAUUACCUACGCUACCGGACGGAGUGCGCGAUCCGGAUACAACGGUUCUGGCGGAAACUCAAUGGCGGCAAGGAGUUUAUUGAGCUCCGCGAUCAGGGCCACAAGGUGCUACAAGGCCGAAAAGAGAGGCGAAGAUACAGCUUGGUCGGAUACCGAAGAUUCAUGGGCGACUAUCUCGGCAUCGGAAACAGAGGUGGCCCAGGCGAGGUAAUCGCUGGGGCCAUUGGUUUAUCGGCCAACGAGGAAGUGCCUUUCUCUUGCAGAGCCGAGGUUCUUGUUGCGAAACUCGGUCGUUCGAGUAAGCAUGAGCCUCGAAGUCUGGUGCUCACGAAGAAAAACGUCUACCUAGUCAAACAAGUGCUAGUGAAUAGACAAGUUCAGAUUCAGGCCGACAGGACGAUACCUGUGGGCUCUAUCAAAUUCAUCAGCUGCUCUACGCUGAAGGAUGACUGGUUCUCUAUUGGGGUGGGCUCACCGCAAGAGCCUGAUCCGCUUGUAAAUUGUGUGUUCAAGACUGAGUUCUUCACACAUCUAACAAACGUCCUACGAGGAUCGUUGACCCUUAAGCUAGGUGAUACAAUCGAGUACAACAAGAAGCCCGGCAAGCCAACUCAUGUCAAGGUAAUAAAAGACCCUGCGGUGCCGCGAGACGACUUGUACAAGAGUGGCGCCAUACACACGGGCCCCGGAGAGCCGCCCAAUUCCAUGUCCAAGCCCACACCCAAAGGAAAGCAGAUUGCAGCAAAGCCCAUCACGAAGGGCAAGCUUCUACGGCCCGGUGGCCCAGGUGGAGGACCCUCAAAGCUCGCCAGUCGCCCAGCGCAACCGAGACCUGUACCUACACCUGCCGCCGCGCAACCGAGAGCGGUACCUCAACCUGCAGCUUUCCCAUCCGCUACACCUCAAUCAAGACCCGUCCCUCAGCCAGUUGCAGCGCUGUCGAAUGGCACGGGUAGUCAUGCACGUAGCGCCUCCGCAUCUUCGACACGCGCACCGCCCCCGCCGCCACCCCCUGUCGCGCCUGCACCACCACCUGCGCAGCCGCAGGAGCCGACGUAUAAGGCGUUAUAUGAUUUUGCGGGACAGAGCGCUGGGGAGCUGAGUAUCAAGAAGGAUGAGAUUAUUUUAGUUACGCAGAAGGAGAACAACGGAUGGUGGCUCGCCUCCCGCCUCGACAAAUCCGCCUCCGGUUGGGCUCCCUCCGCCUACCUCGAAGAAGUCAUCCAACGCGCACCCGCGCCUCCUCCACCCCCACCCCCACCUGCGCGGCCUGCCAAUGGAAAGCCGAAGCCUCCUGCCCCACCGGCGAAACGUCCAGCCGCUAGAAAGCCAGCAAACGGUGAUUCUGGACGAGAUUCGGGGUACAGUGGUAGUGGUGCAAGUUUGGUGAGUGGGGAAGGAGGGGCAAGAGAUAGUGGUGGAAGCAUCGCCGGUGGGUUAGCAGAGGCGUUGAGGCAGAGACAGGCGGCUAUGCAGGGGAAGAGUAGACAGGAAAAUGACUGGUGA